AUCACAAAAAAAAAAAUGGCUUCCCAGGUUUGUCAAAACUAUCACCAGGAUUGUGAAGCUGCUGUCAACAAACAGAUUAAUCUGGAGCUCACUGCCUCCUAUCUCUAUCAGUCUUUGACGUCGUACUUUGACCGGGAUGAUGUUGCCCUGCACCAUUUCUCCCAGUUCUUCAAAGCUCAGUCCCAGGAGAAGCAGGAACAUGCAGAGAAGCUGCUGAAAUUCCAGAAUCAGCGUGGAGGCAGAGUCCUCCUCCAGGAUGUGAAGAAGCCAGAGAGGGAUGAGUGGGGUAACGGGCUGCAGGCAAUGCAGGUUGCCCUGGAUCUGGAGAAGAAUGUGAACCAGAGUUUGCUGGAUCUACACCAACUUGCCACUGCCCAGACUGACCCUCAUCUGUGUGACUUCCUGGAGACCCACUAUUUGGAUGAGGAGGUUGAGAUCAUCAAGCGACUUGGGGACUACAUCACCAACCUGAAGCGUCUGGGAGCUCCUGAGAAUGGGCUGGGAGAGUACCUGUUUGACAGGCUCUCGCUGGAGGACAGCAGUUAGUGGGGCCUGGGGUACUGUCUGAUUUUGUCUGAAUGCAUUACUGACUUGGACAACCUGGCAUCCCCCAGGGAGAAGGAAUAUGUUGGCAAGAAUGUAAUGGCUGUAUCACCUGAAUGGAAAUGAAUAAAAUCUUGUAUUGAUUGAU